GUCAACCAUCUUGUGAGGCCUCAGGUUGUGACGUAUAUGAUAAAGGUAACAGCUCUCUGGGCCCCUGCUCACAUUUCUACACCCAUUGUCCAGAGAGAAAGUCUGCAGCAUUGUUAAGGCUUUCACUAAAAUCACUUAUAUGGACAAAAACAAAUCUAGGAAUUUAAGGGAUUCAGAACUGAGGAAUAAGAAAAAAGAAGAAGCUGCAUGCAAAGUCACUUUGGGACAUCUGAAAAAAGGAACUAGAACAAACCAUGACAACCAAGAUGGAAACGCUUGAUCCUUCAACUCUAUCCGAUGUCACCUCUACUGUCAGCUACGACCCUAAAUCUGAGACGGUGACCUUACCAGGAGGGGUUGUGUCGGUGGCGGGCAUCACUGUGUUGACAGGUGGCGUGGAGCUGUCUUGUGGAUCCUGCAUGCUGGCCUUUGGAUUUUGGGGAACACUGAUCGGCGUCAGUUGUGUAGCAGUGGGGCUUUGGGACCAAAUGAACCUCUCUAAGGGAGGAACGUCUCAUUUAUUGGGGCUCGGAUUAGUGAUUCUGGCCCUCAGUUUUGUGGUGGUGGGAGGUGUGGGGAUAUUUUAUCUCCUGACAAAGAAGAAGAGAGAAAACACAAGAGCGGAGAGAGAGGAUGGAAAAGAAGUUCUUGUAGAAAGUGGAAGGGUAAUUAAAAAAGUCACAGUGUAAUAAAGAAUAAUUGACAGGAUAUAAGAGAAAUCCAUGAAAACCUGUACACAAACCUGACUGAUCUGUAAACGAGUGGUUCCCCAAGGUCAGGUUAACUCACCCCUUCAUGUACAAUACGUGAUACUCAAACUUUCAUAGCAAUGGUCGAAGCUGAAUAUUUAUCCAUUAGUUUUAGCUUUUGUUUCAACCAUUCAUGUACUGUAGUAGCCUACUCCUUGCUAACCAUCUGCUAGCUCUGUAACUAGUUUGAGCAAUUUCUAUCAUAUGAUUACAUUUCAAAGUUGAAAAUGUGUUUUGGUAAUCAAGUCAUAAUUUCUACUUUAGAUUUAAGUUUCUUUUAAUUUUUAAAAAAUAAUUUAAGCUACUUCACUAUGUUUGCAUUUACCCGUUGGAAACAGCGGUCACCCUCAGCAACACUCUAUUAAUAGCACUUAGUAUUAGCCAACCCCUUUUAUACUGUUUUUCAAUUGAUGUCUGUAUUUUGUUAUGUUGUCAUGCUGCAAUUUUUAAACAUGUAAAAUGUAAGCAGACCAUGAUAUUUAUGCAAUAAAUGGGGUACAUGUAAAA